AUGAUAACCCUCUGGCCGCCAACGUUCCACAUAACCACCAUCGGUUUUAUCACCGUUAUUUCCAUCUACCUCAUCAGGUUUUUCAAAAGGUCUGGCCACUAUCGUCGACCGCCAGGUCCAAAUGGCCUCCCACUGGUUGGAAACCUGUACGACCUGCCUAAACCGGGGGAGUUAGAAGCUCAUCACUGGUCAAAGCACAAAGAUCUAUACGGGCCAAUUAGCUCGGUUACAGUAAUGGGCCAGACGAUGGUAAUUCUGAACGAGGCGCAAGUCGCCAUAGAUAUUUUGGAUAAGCGAUCCAUUAAGUACUCUACACGGCCACGAAGAGUUUUUGCUGGAGAAAUGUUAGGCUGGGAGCAUAGUCUCGGGCUGUUGCCACACGAUCACCGUUUCCAGAAUACCCGAAAGGUUAUGGGCCGUGAAAUUGGCUCCAAAUUAACGGCAGCAAACUACGACAAGUCGCAAGAGAUUGAGGCUGCCCACUUCCUGUUACGACUCCUAGACGAGCCCACCGGCCUUAUGCAUCAUAUUAAAAAAGGUGCAGGUUCACUGGCACUGAGAAUUCUGUAUGGAUAUAUCGCAGAGCCGUUUAAGGAUGAUCCCCUGAUCGACCUGGUCGAAGAAGCUAUGGACAUAUUUGCGCGUGCUACUGUGCCAGGGGCAUUCGUGGUUGACUUGAUACCAUUUCUUAAAUUUGUUCCAGGAUGGUUGCCAGGAAUGGGGUUCAAGACACUAGCCCGGAAAUGGCGUCCUGUGAUGACAGAAAUGAAUAUUAAGCCCUAUGCCUUCGUCAAGCAUCGGUUGAACCAAGGCGCGGAGGGGACUUCGUUCGUUGCGAGGCUAAUACAAGCCGGAGAAUCUAGCCCAGAUGUAAUCUCGAUAAACCAAUGGUCCGCCUCGGCGCUGUUUGGAGGGGCGGGAGACACAAUCGUUGGGGCAAUGCAAUGCUUCUUCUUGGCCAUGGGAAUGUUUCCAGAGGUGCAGCGGAGGGCACAAGAAGAAAUUGAUCGCGAGAUUGGCCAGCAUCGGCUGCCUACAAUGUCUGAUCGUGCCAACUUGCCAUACAUUGAGGCAGUAUUGUUGGAGACUCUUAGGUGGCAUCCAAUAUCACCAAUUCCACUCGCACACGUAAGCGAAGAGGACGAUAUAUACGAAGGAUACUUCAUCCCCAAAGGGUCCAUGAUGUUGGCAAACGUUUGGCAAUUCACCCACGACCCAGAGGUCUACAAAGACCCUAUGGAUUUUAAGCCGGAGCGAUACCUGCCUGAUGAUUGUCACCAUCCGGAGACGGACCCGCGCAGAUUCGUGUUUGGUUUUGGGCGCCGGGUUUGCCCCGGGCGUAUCUUGGGUGAAAAUGCACUAUACAUUAAUAUUGUACAAAGUCUCGCCGUGUUUAACAUUACCACGGACGUCACUAGCCUAGAAGAAGUACGCUUCACCCCCGGAACCAUAAGCCGCCCCGAGCCAUUUGCCUGUGUCGUCAAGCCACGAUCACCCCAACAUGAAACUUUGGUGCGAUCAUUGGAGAGAAUUUAUCCAUGGGAAGAGGGCCAUGGGAAGAUUUUGGAGGGU